AUGAUUCACCAGGUGAUAGCGCUAAUUGCGUUGAUCUGUGGUAUACAUGCCAACAACAACUUCUACAAUGAGAGCUUGAGCCUCACGCCGUUGGCCCGCAACAAUCUUUUGGCCAACUUCAACUUCGAGAUCAAAUCAUUACCCAAGCACCUUUCAUACUAUAACGAAUCCAAUGAUAAAGAUUCCAUAGCUGAUGCCAGCCACUACACGUACUUCCCGAGAUCCAUUGGACCGCUUUUGGAGAAAACGAAUACCCGUGAACUCCACUUGCGGUUUGCCCAAGGCUGGUGGGAUUCCGAAUCAUGGGGCAGUUUACCUGUAAAUGGGUCGAAAAGUGGAGGUACCGGAGUAGAGGUUUGGGCAGUCAUCGAAGCUCCUACGUCCAAGGAAGCGUUGAAGAGUUGGUCUAAGCUAGCGGUGCUGCUUUCAGCUUUUUUCUGUGCUUCGCUAAACUUUAUUGAUGAGUCUAUCACCACGUUUCCCAUAAAUGCUUUUAAUCCUGAUACUUCAAGUUUCAGCGCUGACCCGGCAAAUAAGUUGUUCUUGUUGCGAGCGGCCAUGCCAAGCGAGCCCAUUUGCACGGAAAACUUGACUCCAUUCAUCAAGUUGUUACCCACCAGAGGGAAAGCUGGGAUUUCAUCGUUAUUGGAUGGUCACAGAGUAUUCGAUUCAUUAUGGAACUCCAUGUCGAUAGAUAUCCAAACUGAAUGCGACGAUGAGUCUGAAGCCUGCAACUUCAAGAUGGACCAGAGCAUCUCGGUGAUUGUAGAUGUGAUGAGAUCUUUACGUAAAAAAGAAAAUGGCCCCAUUCCAAAGCCCGUUGAAGGCGACAAAUUACAGUGUGAUAAGUCAAGAGGUUACAGUGUCUGGCAGUGUUUCCCGUUGGGGCUUCCCACGGAAAUCACGUACAGCUUGCGGGAUGUGUUUGGUCGACCCAUUAACGGUGGUCCUUUUAGCUCUCAGGGUGUGCCAGUAACGGUGAACUUCAAAGCAGAAGGAUGGGAUAUAAGCUUCAAAGACGGCAUGAACAAAGUUGUGUCGCUCUCAGAAAAUGAUUCUACCUACACUAUUUUAGGCGAUGAUGAGGUGAAUAUCGACUUUAAAGCUUCAGAUUCCUCCAAGACAGUAGGUCUCCAGACUGCACCAUUACAUGCUUCCAGAUCUUUAACCGGAUACUCCCAAGACAAAGGUGGAUUUAGAGUUGUUUUCGAGAACCCUGGCGACAGUGCUAUUAGUUUCGUCUAUUUUGAAUCGUUACCCUGGUUCAUUAGAUUGUAUCUCAGUACCAUGAAAGCCACAUCCAAGGGACAAACUGGAACUUAUCAGGAGGUAGACUCGUCCGAGUAUGUGACAUUAUCACACUAUCAGCCUGCCAUAGACAGAAAGAGGCCUUCCCAUAUGGAGUUGCUUGUGACGGUCCCUGCCAAAGAAACCUUGACGUUACACUAUGAAUUCGACAAGUCUUUACUUCUUUACGCGGAAUACCCACCAGAUGCGAACCAUGGAUUUUCUGUGGAGCCAGCCGUCAUCACAGUGUUGGAUACCAACCAGAAGAAGGUCUAUGAAUUGAGAACUACCAGUUCAUUGGUGGUGCUUCCUACCCCUGACUUCUCCAUGCCCUAUAACGUAAUCAUAUUGACAGGAACCGUGAUCUCGCUUGCAUUUGGCUCCCUCUAUAAUUUGUUGAUAAAAGACGUCAUUACCGAAGAGGAGUUUGAAAAGUUUGCUGCUCAAAGUAAGUUACGCAAGUUAAGAGCCAAGAUCAAGUCAUUAAAGUCUUUUUUGAAAAGUAAAUAA